AAACAAACAAAUCUGGCAUAUUUGCAUCUUUUCCUCGAACUUCCGUAUUACUAACUUGUAAAUUCGAUUUUAUAUUCAUGGAAGAAAAAUGAAUCCUCAUCAUAUCUUAAAAGAGGGAUACAUGCUUGUACAGAAUGCAAACAAAAAAUGGAAAGCACGUUGGUUUGUCCUUAGUGAGGAUCAGUUGUCAUGUCAUCAUAAAAAGAACAAGUCGCUAAUUAUCAACUCCCUUCCACUGCAAGGAUGCUCAAUAGUCUGCCCAUGCCCAGAGUACUUAGACUACAAUACACAGGGUUUACUGAAAUUACAUGUACCAGAUGGGGAGGAGCUGUACUUCCAGGCAGGUGGAGCUGAGGAUAGGGACAGGUGGGCGCAUGCCUUAGGAGCAGUCAUCAGAUCUCUCAGCACAUCUAAAGAGAUUAUACAUGACAAAAUGUCUUUUCAAGAUUUCCAUACAUUUGCUAACGUUAGUGAAAUAAUAGGUGCCAUUCAGGACCCAGAUGCAGGCAUUGAGUCAGCCAAUCACCUUAGAGGAGGAGUUGUAUAUAAAAACUGUUUUACUGGUAAAGCAAUAGUGGAUUGGCUUUUGAGAUGGUCACUUGUGAGAAAUAGAGGAAAUGGAUCUGCCAUGGGCCAGGCUUUGCUUAAACUUGGUCACGUUCAGGAAGUAGAUCUCAAAGAUGGCACCAGUGGAGUCAGCCCAAAGUUUAGUGACAAUGACAAGCUUUAUAGAUUUACAUCCAUUAACCUUGGGGCUAAAAGGAACAGUUUUUAUGACAGCACAGACAGUGAGUCCAGCUCAUCAGAAGAUGAUGAUGAUGAUAAUGACAAAGAAGAACAAAAAAUGAAAAAAGGAAAAAUUUUGAAAGAAGCUUUUCUUGCUAAAAAGAGACAUAUCAGAAAAGGCUGGAGGGUUAUGAAAGUUGCAGUCCGUGAAUCACCCCCCUCACUGCACUACUAUAGGGCAAAGUUUGCAGCAGUGACAGAAGAAAAAUUCCCUUCUAAAACUGUCUUACUGGAGACUUGUAAAGUAAUGGAGAUCAUAAAGCCACCAUCAUCUAAAGGCAGCAGUAGUACCAGCAGUGGCCUAAUUGAUGCCUCUGAACCGAGGUCACCACGCUUCAGACUUGUGAUCCGAAGUAAGAAAGGGAAAACCUUGACCUUUCAGAUGAAAGAUGAGCAAGAGAAAGUUGAAUGGCUAAGUGUCUUGAAUGACAUCUAUAGCAGGAGUGCGACUCAGCAGGGAGACACCAUUUCCAGUUCUAGUGCAGGGGGCGACACAGCAGCGUGAAACAGACAGUUUUAACUACCACUUGAGUUCUCCUUGGGAUCUGUCAUUUCUGUUCUUUGCAAGUUGUCACCAGUGAUGCCCAACCUACGACCUGCAGGCCACGUCCUGUCCGUGAUGUUGCACUAUCCAGCCCCUCUAAUCUUCUGCCCACUGUGAUGGAGAUCAGCACAUUAGAUUAAAUAAGUAGUGAACAAUGAAGUAUUGGAUUGCUGCAGUGCAUAAUUUGAAAAAUUAUUUGGUCUGUUGCCUCAAAAAGGUUGGUUGUCACUGUUGUACAAUUAAAGGAAAGAUCCGCUGGUUUGUGAGAGUCACACAAUUUAAUUCUAGUCAGAAAUGUUCAUAUUUUAAUUAUUUUUUUAUAAUGGUUAAAUUUUUAUUUGAAUUGAGGACUUUAUGAUUCAUAUAAAGUACAAAUAUUUAUUUUAUAAAUUUAAUAUAAAAAAACUAUUUGCAUCAACAGGGUGUGCAAAAAUGUAUUUUAAUUUUUUUUAAAUGUAAUUUAUACUACUAAACAAUUCCUUUUAAAAAUUAGUUUCCAUUUUAUUUUCUGAUUGUCACUUAGUUAUUUAGUAAUAUUUUAAGUUGAUUAUUUAUUUAAUAAUAUGCAUCACCAUGUGAUAAACUAGUCACUUGAUUGGUUAUAAAAAGUAAUGAUGAAUUACUUUUGAGAUUGAGAAUGAAAAAAAAAAGGUUUCUUUUCCAAUAAAAAAUAUUUAUAAGAAUAACCUGAUUAAGAUAAGUGAAAUUCCUUUGUGAGAUUUAACUUGCUGCUUUAAUGCUUUAAGUUCAUUUAGUCAUUAUAUAAUGUUUCUGACCUCUCUGCAAUUGAUAAUCUUGUAUUCAAUCAUAGCUCCAUCACUGUUUUGUUCUUGAAAGUCUCCGUCCCCUGGUAAACAAGUCAUCCUCUCAUCUCUGACUAAACAAGCCAAUUUUGCUUUUUAAUUUACAUUGAUCAUAUAAAUUUGUAUUGCCAGAGAAAGUCAGCAAGUCAAAGAACUUCAGGCAAAUCAAUGAUGUUUAAAGAUCAGAUAAACAUUAAAUUUAAUAGUUCUGGUAAUAGAUGGCGUUAAGCUAUGAUCUGACAUUUUACUCUUACAUAAUGCCUGCUUAAAUAUUGUAUGUAGUUUAUGUCCCUCCUUUUUUUCCACCUUAAAUAUUUCUUUUUAUUCAAGCAAAACAAAAUGCCAUAAUUAGAUUAUUUGUCAGAUAAGAUUUGAUCAGGCUAUGUCUCUAAUACUUAAAUACAAACUUUCUUGAUAUGACUUAAACCUUUUGUAAAUUGUUUCUCUAUUGUAUGUAAAUGGCUGAUUUUUUUUUUUUUAUGUCCACCAGUUCUAAUCACACUUAUAAUCAAGGAUAAAGUGCAAUGUUUCAUAAAACAAACUUUUGUACAUGAGACCAGUGUUUAUAUUUGUGUAAGACUAGUAUAGCGCCUGUAUUUCACACAUUCCAUGUGACAUUUACCAUUACCUUGCAUUUUUUUUUAAAGUUUUGUAAGGGUCAUUAAACUAGCUCCUAAAUCAUUUUGUAUAGUACAUGGAUAAAAAGUUGCUAUUCCAUGUAAACCUGUUAAUUAUUUUUCUCUGCUAUGUUCUUCAAAUAGUCUUUUCAAUUAUUUGUCAUAUCCGAAAUAAUAUAUAUUUUUUUACACAUCUUGAAAACAGAAAUGUUGGAAAUGGUUAUUACUUUUGUUCUCACUAAUCUAAUCUGAGCUAAAACAAAUAUGUGCUAUUUGUUUACACUUGGAUGUAUGUUCUAUAAGCAAUAUGAUGCAGUUUGAUAGAAAAGAAGAAAAGGCGAUAUGAAGAAAUCUCAUGGUGACAUAAUGGAAGCUCAAGACAUGUGUUAACAUGAGAAAAAAAGAUCAGGGUGCCACAUUGAAAAAUCACUAAGUUAUAAAAAUUACUUUGAGGUACAGUAAAAGAGCUUUAAAAAUUAGAUUCUGCAGUUGUGCACUAAAAGUAUAAAGCUCUUUCAACUACUUCUUUACACUGAAUGCAUCAAAACGCCUGCUAUGUAUGAAUUGACCUUCAUGUAUGAAAAUUUCCUAUUGAACAAUACAUUUCUAAAAUAGGAUAAUUUGAUUAAAAUUUAAGUUGUAACAUUUUUUUUUCUGUCAUGUUUUGGAAAUUUAAUGAUUCCAAGUUUCAUAGUGAGAAUUUUUACAUUAUAAUUUCAUUGUUAAAAAAAAUCAUUAUUUAGAUGAGUGAGAAAUCAGUUUGCUGAGUUAUGUACCUUUCCAUUGGUCAUUUGUCAGAUUGUUAAACCUCAUCAGCUUAUGUAAGUUUCAAUUGGACACUAGUUUUCUAAAUAGUGCAUAAGAAUUCAAACUGAUUGAAAACAAAAUACAAAGCCCAAUGUUUUAAAUCUUGCAUUUUGGUUCAGAGUCCAUAUUAUUGUAGGUGUGAAAUGUUAUUGAAUUUUUUUUCUUUCCAAAUGUUAUUGUUGUCUAACCAGCAGGGCUUAAUGUCCUUCCUCUACUGUAUAAAACAUGUAUUCUCUUGCUUUACUCUAGUUAGAAUGUUCUCUUGAUUUAGUAUGACUCCCUAUAGGACAGUUUGAAUCUUGGUCAGUGCAAUGGUUAACUAGUUAGUUUUGUGCCAGGUUUUUAAAGAGUGCUAUUCACACAAAAUGUUAACUAGGCUCAUUUCUUUAUAGAGUUGUGUUUCAGUCUUUAAAGAAUAAAUCCAACAAAGAAUGGUUAUGAUCAUUGUAUUAAUUUUAUCUACAUGUUGUAUCCUUACUGCAAUGUAAUUUGCAUUUCAUGUCAAGCCAUGGUCAUAGCCUUUCUCUUCUCUUGCACUACCCCUUCAGUGUUAUAGGAACAUUAGUGAGUACAUGUCAUUCUUACUUCACCUCUCUGAUAAUAUUUCCACUCGCUUCAUAUUGCCAAGGUCUAAAAGGCUAAAAAAAAUUUAGUUCUUUUUUUCUUUUGAAGAAAUGAGUUAAAUUAAGGUAUUAUUUGGAGAAAUUGUAUCACUUCUUAUCUAAUCAAACAUAAUACAUUUAUUUUCUCUUUUGAGUCCUGAUGAGGUACAGAAUAUGGAAAUUAGUAAACCUAAUAUUUGAACUAUUGCUUAAAUAAUGAUUGUGAUUUGAUGUUGGAAAAAUUGUUACCUUUAAGGUUCAGAGAACUAGUGAAGUAGCAUUGGCCAGUAUUUGAGGUCAGACAAAUGCAGAGGUAUUGAAUGGCCAACACAAUGAUGAGUUCAGUUGCCUCAACAUAUUUCCAUAUGUCAUUCUUUGAUAUACAAACUAAAAAUAAAUAUUUAUGGUCUACUUCGACACUACUAUAUGUGAAGGAAACUGUCCACCCAAAAAGAAAAUGGUCUGUUUAUUAGGUUGGAUUGAAUAAAUCUUAAUAUCAAUUCUUUUUACAGAUCCAAGUAAAAUCUUUUCUCCCUGUUUGAUUUCCUUGUCUAAAUCAUUUCAUCCUAAUUGCUAUUCAUAGAAAAUUUCUGGCCAAUGUAAUGUGUUGAUUAGACUGAAUACAAUGAAGUUGCUGAUGCCUUAAGUAUGGGAAAUACAUUUUGUAAGUAAAUUUUAUGCACAUUGCUUAGGGCCUUAUUCAUAUUUCAGUUCACAUCAUAUUGUAUGUAUUAGUCUUGUUUAAGUUAUUGGUUACUCAUAAUGGGAUAUCAAUCUAGAUAGAAAUGUUUUUAUAAGCUACUAAGGUAAAGUUUCAUCUCACAUAUAUCUGUAUAUUGUUUACCUAGUGUUAUUUCAAAUUUAGUCACAUAAACCUCUCUGUGUUUAACAAUUUUCCACUGUGAGGUACAUUGUGUUUGUUUCAUCUAUUACCUACCUUUACCCCUCUAACCUUACAUGAGCACAAUGAUGCCAGUUUGACUGAUGUAUGAAUUCUGUUGGUUGAAUAUUGAAGCUGUACAGUAGCUAGUCACACCUUGUUCUUCCCUGCACACUUGUUUGUAUUUCACUUUGACAUUUACACAACACUUGGCAACGAGCUAAAUCCAGACUUAAAUCCAGACUGAUCGGUACAGAAAGCCUGAACACUUGACUAUGACAUCGCAACAUAUGAGCUGGUGAUGUGGCAAUGAGCUAUUCAUCUAAACUGUCCAUAGGUUGCGAUGUCCCAGGCCAGUAUUGAGGCCUUCUUUAACGAUUGGUCUCGGCUAAUUGAAAGCAAAUGUAUACUUUUUACUGAAAUUAAAUUUUUGAUAUAUCUUGCCAUUUUGGUUUUAUGAAGGAUACAACUCAACAGGGAAUUCUAUUUGUCGUAUGUCAAGAGUUUUCAUGUUAUGUUGGAGUGCAGGGGAACACUUUGAUAUUAAAUGUAAUGUCUUAUGUGAUGCUAUUUGAAAAAUAAUUUUGAUUUGAUUUCUUCCACUGAUUUUGAAUUUUGCAUUGUUUAACAUAUUUCUUUUUUUUCUUUUAAUGGAAUUAUAAAAAAUUAUCCUGUAUGUAAAUUUUAAAUUGUAAAUCUGUGUAGUGGAUUGACAAUAACAACACAAGACAGCUGUAAUUGUUUGUUUUAUUCAUUCAGAAGAAAUGUACAUUAGUAAAGUAUCAAGUAGUUUUAUGUCUUUAUUUUUAAAAUGACAAUAAUUUCAGCACUAGAGAUCAUUUUUGUUUUGGUCUAUUUAUUAUAUAAACAUUAUAUAUUUUAUUGUAAGUUUCAAUGAUAUAAAUGAGUGCUGUGUUUUGCAUAAUAAAUACUUAUUUUUGAUUGUGUAACCAGAAAUAUUCUACAACUAGUAUUUAGUAUAGAAAAGCGUUUUGGUUUGCAGUUUGCCACCAGCUAAUCAUAAAAUCAUUUUUUUAGUAUCAAAAGUUUAUUACAAAUUCACAUGUAUACUUACCAUGUAUUUGUUUACUGUAAAAUGAAUGUUUGAGGAGAAAAAUUUUAAAAUAAUUAUAAUGCUUUAAAAAAAACAACAACAACAUAAUGUAAUAAAGUUGUCAAGACCAGGUCUUACUUGUAGUUUACUUUAGUUAAACUGAGGAAGACUAAGGAGUGUGUAAUAAUUAUUGGUGAUCCAGGAAUUUAUUUUUACCAAAAUAUGAUCACUUUUCAUCAGCCUGCAAUUAUUAACUCAUGUUUUGUAAAGUAUACACAUUCAUUUUGUUGUUUUAAUGAGACAGUUUGCUAUCACAUUCAAUAUUACUUUGUCCAUUUCCAUGGCUACAGCUCUACUGUUUGGUUUUAACCUAUUUCUACUAAUAUAUUGUUUAUAUAUUGUUGUAAUGUAAAAUGUUUUAUUAUUUUUUAUUUAUUUUAUUUUUUUCGCAGUUAAGUUUAAGGAUUAUUUGUAUUUAAUAAAUGUUUGUUUUUUCAAGAG